AGAAUGAAAAUUGAAAACCAUGAACGCAGGGCCCAUUUUAUUUUGUAACAGCACACUUUUUCUAUUCUGCAAAACCAUUUCUUCUCUGCCACUGGCAUCCUGUUCUCUUUUUCAUUUUAUCCACAUUUCCAAAUUACCCGAAACAAAGAAGGAACCAUGGGCGCGAGCAGCGAUCCGAAUCAAGACGGGUCAGACGAGCAGCAGAAACGCUCAGAGAUCUACACCUACGAAGCACCAUGGCACAUCUACGCCAUGAAUUGGAGCGUCCGCCGCGACAAAAAAUACCGCCUCGCUAUCGCCAGCCUCCUCGAGCAAUACCCAAACCGAGUCGAAAUCGUUCAACUAGACGAUUCAAACGGCGAGAUUCGCUCUGAUCCGAAUCUCUCAUUCGAACACCCAUACCCACCCACGAAAACCAUGUUCAUACCCGACAAAGAAUGCCAGAAAGCAGACCUAUUAGCCACUUCCAGUGACUUCCUCCGAGUGUGGCGUAUCGACAACGACCACUCCCGCGUGGAGCUCAAAUCCGUGCUGAACGGAAACAAGAGCAGCGAGUUCUGCGGGCCAUUAACUUCGUUUGACUGGAAUGAAGCUGAACCCAAACGAAUUGGUACUUCAAGCAUAGACACCACAUGCACUAUUUGGGACAUCGAGAGAGAGACAGUUGACACCCAGCUUAUCGCGCACGAUAAAGAGGUUUACGACAUCGCCUGGGGCGGUGUUGGUGUUUUUGCCUCGGUUUCUGCUGACGGUUCGGUUAGGGUUUUUGAUCUUCGCGACAAGGAACAUUCGACGAUUAUUUAUGAAAGUUCGGAGCCAGACACGCCGUUGGUGCGGUUAGGGUGGAAUAAGCAGGAUCCGAGGUAUAUGGCGACGAUUAUAAUGGACACUGCGAAGGUUGUAGUGCUGGAUAUACGUUUUCCGACAUUACCGGUAGUUGAGCUGCAAAGACAUCAUGCGAGUGUGAACGCCAUUGCCUGGGCUCCGCACAGUUCUUGUCAUAUAUGUACUGCUGGUGAUGAUUCUCAGGCAUUGAUUUGGGAUUUGUCUUCUAUGGGACAGCCUGUUGAAGGUGGUUUGGAUCCUAUUUUGGCUUACACUGCUGGUGCUGAAAUUGAACAGUUGCAAUGGUCUUCUUCUCAGCCUGAUUGGGUUGCGAUUGCUUUCUCUACUAAGUUGCAGAUUCUUAGGGUUUAAUUAGUUUUAUUAUGUGAAUCUACUUAAUGUAGUCCUCCUGCUGACUGUUGUUCGAAUUUCUGAUAUCCAAAUGCCUAUGAUAAGUCUAUCUUACUCUGUUUAA